GGGCAGCCGUGUCGGCCACAUCGACGGCAGGAGCGGUGACGAGGAGUUGUGAGAUAGGUCCAGAAGGGAAAUCGUUGCCGAGAUGCAGGCGGAAUUGAUAUACCAUAAACUAUCGGCGAUGACGAGCCAGGGCGGCUUUCAUCGCGCCGGGAACGACAGCGAGCUGGGCAAGAACGGCGGACGGGACCCGCGGGAGACGAUACACUCGGGCCACUUCAUGGUGUCGGACUUCGAGGCGGAGGCGCAGGAUGACGAGGACGACCUCGCCGUGCCGGUGCCGGAGCAGGAAGUGCAGACCACCAGAUUCUCGAUCACCGUCCCGCCGGGCUCCUUCUACGACACAAUCGCGAGUUCGCUGAACGACAAGAGCACCUCCCAGCAGCUGAGCAUCGAGACGUCCUUGAACAAACUCUUCCAGUGCAUGUCCCUCGCCUACAGACAGAAACUGACAUCGCCCAAGUGGAAUCGCUUCAAAGGCAUCAGACUGAGAUGGAAGGACAAAAUCAGACUAAACAACGUGAUUUGGAGAUGCUGGCACAUGCAAUUUAUAUUGAAGCAAAACACUCUGGUGUGCCAGUUUGCAUCGCCGCUUGACGUGGAUACUCAUAACAAGCCCGAGGCGGUGGUCUUAGAGGGAAAAUACUGGAAACGAAAGCUCAAGGCCGUCACUGCGGAAUACAAGAAAUGGCGUAUGUUCUACCGAAACAAACUUCUUGGCUGGACGAACAAAGAUGGCACAGAAAUGAUGGAAUCGAUGGACAUGCUCGAUUGGGGCAGUGGAUGUAGGACUAUCGAUAACUUCGGUGGGGGUGCGGGAAAUGCAUUCGGGAAUGCAAGCGGUGCCCCUGGCGGGGAGAGUAUGAUGGUUGACGAAGAUUACAUGGAACUGAUGACCGACACCCUCUUUUCAACCAUCAGCUCGAAUCAACCGAUAUACUUCCCCGACCCUAGAGAAAUCGCUCGAGGUACCAGCUUAGCAGACUUCAUUCAACCGAGUCUAGGCCCCUUGCAACCGAAUCUGGACGAUUUUAUGGACACUCUAGAGCCGUUGCAAGAAUUCCUAAACACGAAAUUGGCUACCGUACCCGAAGAGGACGAUAUGUUUCGGAAUAGCAGUCUGAACACUAAUUAUUCUGACUUGGACCUGAUGACGCCAAUCAAUCAGAUGAACGAAAUAGGCGGGGAUCCGACGAUAAAGAACGAACCGGUCUCGCAACAACAGCUGCCUCGGGAAGAACAAGGGGCUGACAUGCAGAAUCUCCAGUACAUCACCAAAAUAUAUACUCAGCCCCAACCUGAAGCAACGAAUGUGUAUAGGAAUAACAUAGCUAUGAGUGAAGAUUACGCUCUUCAACCGAACUUCGAGGCGUCUGUUACGACGAACCAACCCAUACGAGAUAAGACGAAUAGAGGUAGCACAGCGACGUUGUCGAGAAAUAGCUGCGUGAUACAGCAAUCCCAGCAGCAGCAACAGCAGAGCAUGUAUCAAGCGACCACGCAGCAACAGAAUUCGGACUUCCAAUCGCAACAGCCGCAGUCUUACGCAAUGGAGAUUCAGGCAGUGCGAUUGACACCGGUGCAGAAUCAGUCCGUGCAGAUCGCGACGCUCAACGAUCAGUCGGCGGUAAACGUUAGUCAGUUACCCGCGAUCACUGCCGCCGCCGUGCAAAAUCUGGUGACGGUGCAGCACAACUUCGUCACGCAAGCCGUCAAUUCGCAGCUGCAGAGCCAGCAUCAAGCAAUAAGGCCCUUGCCGACCGCCACGCCAAUGGCCAGCAAACCUUACAAGAUCGUUCAGCCGCAGCAGCAGUGCUACAAGUUUCCAAAUCUUGUACAAAACCUCAAUGCUCAACAGUGUAAAUUUAGCACCAAUAGCUUUAAGACGCUUCCCACGCAACAAGUGGUAUCGGUUUCUUCGACGGAGCAACCACCGCAGCCACAGAUAUUGCUGCAGUGUAGGCCGUCAUCUGAUCUGGACCGUACCGCGUCCACUUUGCCAAAGCUGUUACCUCACCCGACAACGUCUAACAUGGAAAAAGAAGAGGUCUUUGCCAUACCAAAGGUUGGUAUUGAGUAUCAAGGAAGAAGCAGAUCUCGAAGCAGCUCUUCUUUAACCGCACCUAGGAUACAUCCACCGCCACUAGUAUCUGCAGUGAGCGACCCAGCCUUGAACGUGAAUAACAACGUUUUGCUUGCACAUCUACUCACGAAUAAAGUGGCGCAAAUAGCAACAAAGCAACACAUCACGACCCCAGUAACACAAACGAUACAGACUUCUAGUAUACAGCAGACGCAACCGCAGCAACAGACAGUGCAACCAUCCACAGCCCAACAGAUUCUCUUGAAUGCGAACGAUCAAACGCAUCAGUCUCACAGUAGUCCAAUAGGCUCACCAAAGGAUAGCAGCUCUAACGCACACAGUCCCCAGGCGUUAAACCUCAGCCCUCAACAUAGCCCCAUGAGUACAGGUAGCCCUUUAUCACCCAGCUAUUCUGAGCUGAGGUCCGCUCGUGGAUAUGAUUACAUGAAGCACUCGGAAAGGGGACAGUAUAAAGAGCAGAGGCGAGUCGGCCACAUUCAUGCGGAACAGAAGCGCAGAUACAACAUCAAGAAUGGCUUCGACAUGCUGCACAGGCUGAUACCGCAAAUCAGUCAGAACCCCAACUCGAAAACGAGCAAGGCUGCGAUGCUGCAGAAAGGGGCGGAUUAUAUUCGGCAACUUAAAACGGAGAGACACCAAUUAAAAGAGGAGAUGGAUAGUCUGAGACAACAAAUCGAGUGCCUUAAUACGUCUAUUAGUAAUUGCCAAUCUAUGCUUCCUGCAACGGGUGCUCCAGUUUCUAGACAUAGAAGCAGCAAAAUGAAAGAGAUGUUUGAUGAAUAUGUACGUGUGCGCACACAACAAAACUGGAAAUUCUGGAUUUUCAGUAUAUUGUUAGAACCGCUGUUGCUGUCCUUUAAUGCUUCAGUCUCAACUGCAAAUAUCGAUGAUUUGUAUAAAAGUACAAUAUUGUGGGUAGAGCAACAUUGUUCACUCGUCGAUCUCAGACCAGCUGUUCUGAAUUCUCUAAGGUCUCUGUGUACUGCCACUGAUAUUUUAACCGACCCAACUCGCCUUCCCGAAGAAGCACUCGCGGCAGUUAAUCAAACGGAACGCCGACGAUCCACGCAGUGAUCGUCGUGAAUUCAACAGCGUGUUUGUAUAAAAAGAAAAGGAAUUGAAGGUUUACGUACAUAUGAACGUAAGGGAUGAUAGUUACCGUAUAAUAUAAGUUAGUCUGUGCGAAACAAAAAGAAGACGUAACAUUCGGUUAGUUAGUAACCGAAGCGCAAACGAAGAAAUAACAAUUUAAGUGCAAUUCCUCUUUUUAUUGCAAUAUCACGUUGAAGUUGUAAAAUCUAUAAGUCACAUCAAGAAAUUUUAUAUUAUAGAUUUGAAUAAAAAAAAAUUAUACAUACAAUUGAACUGUAGUAUGCUGGCAGAACUGUAGUAUACAGUCAUUAGUAUGGCACAAUCAUUUGCAAAUAAUUACUUUUUGGUUAAAACUUUUCAAAUAUAGUUUAUUAUAUCAUUUAUUUCGCUCAAUUGUAUGUUGUGAACUAUACAAGAGCAAAGAAUAUUCCAAUGAUAUCUUUCAUAAAAUACAGAGUAUUUUACAAGUUAUACAGUAAAGAAAAAAGUUACUAUAUAUUUGUAAAAUUUUUCUAUAAUUAUAGCUAAUAGACGUUUGUGUAUAUAUGUGUUAAAAUGUAUUCCACUGCUUUGAGAAAUAUUCUUCAGCUCGAAAGCUUAAUGAACACGAUUGUUAUAACGUAGGAAUGCAGGAAUAUUAAAUUUAAACUUUGAUAAAAAAUUAUGUGGCUUCUAUAUUAAUAUUUUUAAUAUAGAAACUAAUUCUAAGCUUUCUAAACAUGCUUGUAUAAAUUAGCAUACGAUUGUGAUUAGGAAUUGUCAUUAAUAGAUAUUGAAACAGAAUAGACGGUAUAGCGACCAAAUAUUUUUAGCUUUAGACUACUUCUUCACGAAAUACGAGAGAAAAGUAACGAGUUAAAAAUGACAGAAUCAGUGCCAUAACUGUUCUAAUAGACUGCAAAGUUAAUUCAAGGGUGAAGAGAUACAUUUUUUUUUUGAGAAAUAUAACUUGAAGAGACGAUUAAAGGUAAUUUUCUUAAAGUAUAAUUUUGAUAUAAAUAUGCUACUAUUAAAUUAUAUUGCACAACUACACUAGCAAAAGGUGUAUUAUAUAGCUAAUAAGUGCGUGGAGACGAUAAAAAGGGGGUUGCUCAUAAGUUACAUGUUCACACUAUUAAAAAAUGAGAUCUUUAAUAUGGAAAUUCAUGUGAUAAUGUACAAAUCAUUUGCAAAGGUUUGAGUACCGAAUAUAGCUUAAACUAUGAAGGGCCUCUGCAUAUUGUAACAUUUUUGUUGAUGCGAAAUGUACAUAGUCCAAUGUUAAAAGAGAACAAGUUAGUUGAUUCUUCGAGAGUUAAAUUCUUUUUCAAAUUGACAUUUCAUUGGGUAUACUCUGUUAAUUUGUUUUAUUUUAAGAGCAUAAGGGACGUUAUUUUUUUUAUACAAUAUGUAGAGGCCCUCACUUAACUUACAUCAUGUAUGUACAAUGCAUAAGUGAUAAAUAAUAUAUAAGUAAACUCAUCGAAGGGAUGUUUUUUUUUUGUACAAUAUGUAUCAUAUAAUCAUACAGAUUUACAUGUUAUUAUUCAGAUGUUAUAACAACAUGAGGAAAUCCAAA